CUGUGCCGUCUGUUGACACCAGCUGCCACCACCGAAGAAGCAUCAUCAUCAUCAGCGGCAGCAGCACAGAACCAGCAGCGCGUUGUCCGCAGCUAAGCUAGGCUAAGCUAAGCUAAGCUAAGCUAACCAUGGCGGCCGUGCGCAGCUUGAUGGUGGCGGUGAAACCCGACAGCGGCUCCUCGGACUCCGAGUCGGACCGAGACCCCCGCGAAGCCGAGCCGAUGGAGGUGGAGGAGGGGGAGGAGGGGGAGCUGCAGCCGGAGGACGUGUCGGUCAGCCGGUCCCUGGAGCAGCUGCUGCCGGAUACGAGCCGGCGAUAUGAGAACAAGGCCGGAGCCUUCAUCACUGGGAUUGAUGUCAACUCAAAGGAGGCGAUCGAGAGAAAAGAGAAGCGAGCGAGACGUUUUCAUUUCCGUCCCGAGGAGACCGUCGAUCAGAGGAGCCUGGUGAUGGAUAAAGAGACCAUGAAGAAAGCUAUCCCCAGCCUGCGUCUGGAGGCCAUCUACGUGACGGGAGUGGACGACAUGAGCACUCAGGACAUCUUUGGAUAUUUUAAAGAAUAUCCUCCAUCACACAUCGAGUGGAUCGAUGACACCUCCUGUAACGUGGUCUGGCUUGAUGACAACACAUCCAUCAGAGCCCUCGUCAACAGCAGCCGGAUGCCCGACCCGGAGGCGGUUACCACGGAGACGGAGAGCACCGACCAGCCGAGCGAACAGAGCAAAGGUCCUCGGGUUCAAGGGUCAGAUGAUGAGGAUGAAGAGGAGGAGGGGGAGGUGGAGGAGGACGAAGAGGAAGCCGUUAAGAAGAGCAGCGAGGAGAUCGAGGUGAAAGACGGCGACGAGCAGAAAACGAAGGUGGAGGCCGUUCAGGUGGAGGACCUGUCGCUGGCGGAGAGACAGUCGCUGCUGAGAAACGACCUGCGACCGGCCAUCAAACCCUUCAAAGGAAACAAACUCCUCCUGCGUUUCGCCACACAUGACGAUAAGAAGGAGCUCGGUGCGGCUCGUCGUAGUCGAUACUACAUGAAGUACGGAAACCCGAACUAUGGAGGCAUGAAGGGAAUCCUCAGCAACUCCUGGAAGAGGAGGUAUCACAACCGGCGGAUCCAGAGAGACGUCAUCAAGAGCAAGAAGCCUCUGAUCGGAGACAACAUGGGACACACGCCGCCGUACACCCACCGGCACUCCGCCGACCUGGUCAACCUGCCCGAGGAGCCCAUCAAGGAGGAAGAGGAGGAGGAGGAGGACGACGACGACGGAGACGAGAACAUGGAGGAGGACGACCGGGUGGUGGAGUACAAAGAGCGAGCGGAGAAGGAGCGAGGCGAACGGGCCGCCGGGGGCUCGCGGCCGCUGGCGGCGGGGCUCCGCAGCCGGGCCGAACCGCCGUCUCCGUGGUCGGAGUCGGACGAGAUGGACUACGACCUGGAGCUGAAGAUGAUCUCCACGCCGUCGCCCAAGAAGAGCAAGAAGAUGACGAUGUACGCCGACGAGCUGGACGGCCACCUGAAGAACAUCCGGAACCGGGUCGGGGAGUCCGGAUCGGAGACCAGAACCAAAUCCACGUCGCCCAAAGUGACGGACGUCCGGCAGCUUCUGGAGGAGAAAAGAAAAGGACUCUCUCAGCAGAGACAGCCCCCCCCAGUGGCCCCCAGCGGAAAGACAGACGUACGGCAGCGGUUGGGGAAGCGGCGCUACUCCCCCGACGGACGACGCUCCCCCUCCCCCGUCUCCCCCAGAGACACGCCUCCCGCCAGAGAGCCAAUCAGAGACGUGCACCGCAGACUGGGCGUGGCCAGUCAGGACAACAGAGGCGUCUUCCCCAACUCGUCCAAGGAGAGGAAGACAAGCGCUCUGUGGAGCAGACUCGGCUCGAGUGAAGACGACGGCGGCGACUCCGGACGGCACGAGCGAGGAUCGAGCAGCCGGCCGUCGGCUCUCUUCUCCUCAGAAAAGAGCGUCGCCAGCAAGGGAGGUGGCGGGAGCAGCAGCAGCAAGACGAGAGGCGACGGAGAGGAGGAAGAGGAGAAGGAGGAGGAGGAAGACGACUCCACGCUGCAGAAGAUGUGGGGCGCCAUGAUCAAACAGAAACAGGAGCGUCUGACCCACAAGGUGAAGAAGAGCCGGCUGGACAGCCUGCCGUCGCUGCAGAUCGAGAUCAGCCGCGACAGCAGCGACGACUCCGACGCCUGAAACUGAGGAGGAAGAGGAGGAGGAAGAGGAAUCAGCCGGAGAGUUUCUCCUCUGAACUUCACGUCACUCUUUUCUUCCAGUACAAUGAGACAAAGAUCUGACUCCAGAUCUGAGGCCAGUGUGUUGGGUUUCCUUUUGCUUGUCUCUGCCGUCCAUGAACGGGUUCAACCAGGCAUAGGUCCAGGGGCCCCGAGACAGACAUGUUGAGAUCCCUCCAUGGUGUUUUGUUUUUUUUUGUUCUUUUUUUUUAUAUAUCUACAACCAAACCCAGUCUAAAAUGUAUAAAAAACAAACCUGUGUAACGUAUAGAAUUGUUUUAAUGCCCACAUUUGGUGUCGCAAUACAAAGAUGGUGGAUUUCUUAUGAAGACAGAGUCAGACAAAUACACGUUAGAUGGAGCAUUAGAACCAGCAGCAGCACCUGAGGACGUCACCGAGAGACGGAAAGCGGUUUAUUCAACAUCUGUGUGGAUUCUUAACAGACACAAAUGGUUGAAAAGCCUCCGUUGUGUUCUCGUCAGUUUGUAGCAGAGCAUCAUGGGAAACCCGAUCACACUCCCUCCUCUCACCCCGGCCGUGUCUCCAGUAAAUCAUUCCUACGUUACCGCGGCGACGUCCUGCGGUGGAGCCCGUUCGUGUCCUCUGAGAGUUGAACCCCCCCCGGCCCUGUAUCCAUGGCAACCGCUCAGACGUGUCGACUAUCGAAUCCAGUGCGAGACUUGCGUUGGGUCGGAGCUGUGAGGUUCAUAGAACUCGUUGUUUCACUUCGUUUCCUCCGAGAGCAGAAAGAACUGAUGAGACGGACUCUCCGGGAAAAGAGACACAAAAGAGGACGGAUUAUUUUUCUGAUGGUGAAUUCAUCUUCUUCCAUCUUUUAAAAGUUCCCCCGGCGCUGAAUGACUUUUACUUCCUGUCUGUGUGGACGUAAACGCUGUGCUGUACUUCCUGUGUUAUUUUUUUAUCAUUGUUAAUAAGCCUCAAGGGGCCACGUUGUGACAUCACACCAUGACGUCACAGCCGGUCAUGACUUCAGAUCAUUAUUAAGAUGUUGAUUAAUGUUUUAUUUUACAUGACUGCGACGAUUCCCCAGAAGACCUGGAGGUCAUUAUAUGGAAAAUAAAUUGACAGCCUUCAGUUAAUCAACUCAAAUAGAAUGAUCUUUAUUGUCCUUCGGUUAAACUGCAGAUUGUUUUAAAUAUUAAUUGUCAGGUUAGAGAAAAAGCAGAGAACCAGCAGAGUCUGAUGUCCUAGAGCUGCAUUCUCUCUCCUGUCCACCAGGGGGCGACUCCUCUGGUUGUAUAGAAGUCUAUGAGAAAAUGACUCUACUUCUCUCUUGAUUUAUUCCCUCAGUAAACAUUGUAAACAUGA